CGCCGGUGCCGGUGGCGGCGGGCCCGGUGCCGUGCGCGCGUGCAGGGGGGCGGGGGCGGCGCUCCCGGCCCGGCGGCCGCUCCCUGCCCGGCCCGGGGCGGAAGGACGGGCAGGACGGUCCCCGGUUCCGCGGGCCCGGCGCGGCCGCGCUCGGAUUAUGAGGGAGCCAUGAGCCCGCUGCGGGGCUGGCUGCUCGCCGCGCUCCUCUCGCUCACCCCGCGGGCAGGUCCCGCCGCGCAGGCCGGCUCGCUGCAGCGGAGGCUCCCCCGGGCCGGAUGGCAGGACGGGCGGGUCGUUUCCCAAAUCACCCACCCCAGCAGGCUAGUGGGGCACAGCUCGGGAGGAGAAGUCCAGAAGCAUCAGCUGGACACCAGGGUCAGGAAUGAGCCUGGAGGAGGAGGAGGAGGAGGAGGAGGAGGCCCCGGGCUGCACCUGGCGCAGGUGAGCUUCGUGGUGCGCGCCUUCGGCUCGGCCUUCACCCUCGACCUCCAGCUGAACCACCACCUCCUCGCAUCCCACUACGUGGAGCGGCACGUCGGCACGGGCAGCAACAGCAGCCAUAGCACGGGCGCGGGGGAGCACUGCUACUACCAGGGCCGGAUCCGGGGGCAGCCCUACUCCUUCGUGGCUCUCUCCAGUUGCCACGGCCUGCGCGGGGUCUUCUCAGACAGCCGAGCCACCUACCUGAUCGAGCCCCAGGUGGGCGUUGAGCACGGGCAGGGCCUUCGACCACACAUCAUCCAGCGUGUCCCCAGCUGUGCCGGACCGGGCUGCCUCUUCCCUGCGCUGAACCGGCCCAUCGCGGGUGGGUUACCAAAGCUGCGGCGGCGGCGGCAGGUACGCCGAGCCCAGCACACGGUUCACAGCGAGACCAAGUACAUCGAGCUGGCGGUGGUGAACGACCAUCAGCUGUUCCUGCAGCUCCGCAAGUCUGUGGUUCUCACCAGCAACUUCGCCAAGUCCGUGGUCAACCUGGCCGACAUGAUCUACAAGGAGCAGCUCAACACCCGCAUCGUGCUGGUGGCCAUGGAGACGUGGGCCUCGGAAGACCGGAUCCGGAUGGGGGAAGACUCCCUGGAGACCCUGAACCAGUUCGUGAAGUACCGGCGCGAGGGGCUGGCGGAGCAGAGUGACACCGUCCACCUCUUCUCGGGUCGGACGUUUCAGAGCAGCCGCAGUGGCACCGCCUUCGUGGGGGGCAUCUGCUCGCCCGCCCGCGCCGGGGGCGUCAAUGAGUACGGCAACGUGGCGGCCAUGGCUGUGACGCUGGCGCAGACGCUGGGGCAGAACGUGGGCAUGAUGUGGAACAAGCACCGCGCGGCUGCAGGGGACUGCCGGUGUCCGGACUCGUGGCUGGGCUGCAUCAUGGAGGACACAGGGUACUACCUCCCGCGGAAGUUUUCCCGCUGCAGCAUUGACGAGUACAACCAGUUCCUGCAGGACGGCGGCGGUAGCUGCCUCUUCAACAAACCCCUGAAGCUCCUGGAUCCUCCAGAGUGCGGCAACGGCUUCGUGGAGGCAGGAGAGGAGUGUGACUGCGGCUCGCUGGCGGAGUGCGCGAAGAGCGGGGGAAACUGCUGCAAGAAGUGCACGCUGACCCACGACGCCAUGUGCAGCGACGGGCUCUGCUGCAAAGGCUGCAAGUACGAGCCACGUGGCGUGUCCUGCCGGGAGGCCGUGAACGAGUGCGACAUCCCCGAGAGCUGCACUGGGGACUCCAGCCAGUGUCCCCCCAACCUCCACAAGCUGGACGGCUACUUCUGUGAAAACGAGCAGGGACGAUGCUACGGCGGGCGCUGCAAAACCAGAGACCGGCAGUGCAACGCGCUGUGGGGCCGCAGCUCGGCCGAGCGCUUCUGCUAUGAGAAGCUCAACGUGGAGGGGACCGAGAGGGGCAACUGCGGGCGUGAGGGUCUGGGCUGGCUGCAGUGCAACAAGCAGGACGUCCUCUGCGGCUUCCUCCUCUGCGCCAACAUCUCGGGCGCACCCCGGCUGGGCGAGCUCAGCGGCGAGAUCGCCACCACCACCUUCUUCCACCAAAACCGCUACGUGGACUGCAGGGGAGGCCACGUGCAGCUGGUGGACGGCUCGGACCUGAGCUACGUGGAGGACGGGACGCCCUGCGGGCCCGGCAUGCUGUGUCUCGACCGCAAAUGCCUUCCAGCCACGGCCUUUAACUUCAGCUCCUGCCCCGGCAGCUGGGAUGGGAAGAUCUGCUUCGACCACGGGGUUUGCAGCAAUGAGGGCAAGUGCAUCUGCCGGGCCGAGUGGACGGGGAAGGACUGCAGUGUCUACGACCCCAUCCCCGAGCCAAAGCCGACGGGGGAGACUGAGCGAUACAAGGGUCCCAGUGGCACCAAUAUCAUUAUCGGCUCCAUCGCGGGGGCCGUGCUGGUGGCUGCCAUCGUCCUAGGGGGGACAGGCUGGGGAUUUAAGAACAUCCGCCGAGGAAGGUACGACCCGGCGCAGCAGGGAGUGUAACCGCCCCCCCCCAUCGUCUCCUCCUCGUCACCGUCACUGUCACCGUCACCGUCCGGCAGCCUGACGGCGUGGGAGCCCCCCCGGGCCGGGCCCGUCUGUCCGUGUCGCUGUGUGUCCGGCCGUGCUGUCUCCAUCUCUGUGCCCCCCCCACAGCUGAAAAGAGACGGCGGUUGGGGGGGGGGUGGUGUCUCGCAGCAGCUCCCCCGAUGCUGGCUCUUUUCGGCUCAGUGUCCCCCCAUGUGUCCCCCCCCGUGUCACAGCCCCACACUAAACGUACCCCACUUCUG